AUGGCCACCUUCAAGUCUCUGCUUAUAGCAUACGUCCUCGGCGGUUUGACCUUUAUACCGCUGGCCAUAGUGUCUGUGCUGGCGUUCAUAUUCUAUACCUCUCCCAUCGUCGACGACACCGCGAACGAACCGAAAUACAGCCCCAUCGUCGACAAGGACGAUGAUACAACCGCCCUCGAGGCCGCUAAGCGGUCGCACAAGAAAGACAACCGCGCGCACGAGAACGACCUCGACGUAGCCGCCGGCUUCUUCGCUGUGUGCAGAGAGUACACGCCUAUGGGGAUCAAUGCGAAGCCUAUUGAACGGUCAACACCCGUGGGAUCUACGACCGUGGCUCCUUCGAGUCCCAGUGUCUAUCAGACCAUGUACCGGAGCAUAUUCGAGAGGAAGCCCACACCAGGACCUCUAGACAACAACAGCAACAGUACGAGUCAACGGCCCAAGAAUGCGGGCAACGUUUUCUAUGUGGUUUUGAGACAUGGCCAUCUUAUGUUGUUUGACGACGAAGAACAGGUUGAAGUUCGACAUGUUGUUUCCCUGGCAUACCACGAAAUCAGUAUAUACUCAGGCGGUGAUGUCACUCCUGAAGGCGAACUCUUCAUCAAGCGAAAUGCGAUCCGACUGUCCCGAAAACAGGCUGGUACUGAACUCACUUCUGACAGCCCUGUUUCUAAACCUUUCUUCCUGUUCUCUGAAAACUGUUCAGCCAAAGAAGAUUUCUACUUUGCCCUGCUCAAAAACCAAGAGCAGAGUUUUGGGGUGGAUGGCCAAGUGCCGAAGCCAUUGCAUUUCGAUGUUAAGAAUAUCAUCUCGCUGGUCCAGAAGCUUCACUCUACGGAAGAGAACAUCCAUUCGAGAUGGCUGAAUGCAUUGCUUGGGAGAGUCUUCCUAGGUAUCAACCAGACGAAGGAUAUCGAGGCCUUCAUCCGUGAGAAGCUCACUAAAAAGAUCUCUCGCGUUAAGCGACCUUCAUUUCUUACUCAUAUUACCAUUAACGGAAUUGACACCGGCUCGGCAGCACCUUACUUUACGAACUUCAAACUCAAGGAUCUGACAGUUGAGGGAGAAUGUGUCGUUGAAGCCGACGUCAAAUACUCAGGAAAUGCUCGUAUUGAAAUCGCCGCCACGGCAAAGAUCGACCUCGGCGCUAGAUUUAAAGCACGGGAAGUCAACCUUGUCCUCGCAGCUGUUCUCAAGAGAGCUGAGGGUCAUAUGCUGUUCAAGAUCAAACCGCCACCGAGCAACCGAGUCUGGGUAACUUUUCAAAGCAUGCCCAAGAUGGAAAUGGAUAUCGAGCCCAUCGUUAGUGCGAGACAAAUCACUUAUACAGUCAUCCUUCGACAGAUUGAGAAUCGUAUCAAGGAAGUCAUUGCAGAAACAGUCGUAUUGCCAUUCUGGGACGAUAUGCCCUUCUUCAAGACGGAGCACAAGCAGUGGCGAGGCGGUAUCUUUGAAGGAGAUGACGCCACGGUUCCCACUAGUGAUGCUGAAAGUAUAGUUGCUGCAGCAGGAGAUGUGGCAGCUGUCAGCCAUCUUGAUGGAACCCCGGAUUUAACAGAGGAGACAAAACCUCUGGAAAAGAGCCAGACAGUCCCAGUCAUGGAAGCAACACCGCCGCCAACAGGUCUCUUUGGGCGCAGACUUAGCAGGACAGGCACCAACCCUCAGGCUUCUGCUUCUGCUUCUGCUUCAUCAACCAGUGUCGACUCUAAGGGACCGGGGGCAAGCCCAGUGUUGAAGCCCAAGAUCUCCAAGACGUCCCUACAGCCUAUCGUGGGUACUGAUGCCGCUCACGCUGAUAUUUUCAAGCCAUCGACAUCACCGCCUGAUCAUGCUACUAAUUACAUGGCGGCUUUGCACUCCCGCUCACACGACGCCUCCCCCAAACCCCCUCAGAUUUCAGAUGCGCCUUUGGAGUCAUCGUCUGCUUCCCAACGGUCAACCCGAUCUUCACGCUCUUCCUCAUCAGCAAACGAAGCCCUCAACAAUGACGUACCGGAAGACACUCAGAAGACCCCAGUUGCCAUAGGCCGCCGUAACACGACCUCGUCGACUGGUUCAUCUCACACCGAUGAAAGACCAGGUUCCUCUGCUGCCUCCUUGAAAGAGUCCAUCAAGAGCCAGACAGGGUCACUGGGAAGGAGUUUCUUUACACGCCGUGAGCAUCCAGAGGUCCCUGUUCAAGUAGAGGAGGAGGCGGACUUAAGUGAUGGUUCCCGAGAUCAUCAGAAUAAUCCAUUACAGAGACAGACUACGCUGGCGGCUGUUUCAAAUGCAGCAUUGCAAGCCAAACAAUGGGGCUGGAACGCUUAUCAACGACACAAGGAAGCACGCAGACAGGCAGAGCAAGCAAGCCAUCUUGAUCUCAGUCAGCCCAUGGGAAGAGGUCAACCACUACCUCCUCCAGGAACACCUCUCCCCAAGCCUACAAAUGGCAUGACGCGGAUAGCACCCCCGACGAGCGUUCCUACGAGGAAGCCAGUUCCUGGACACAAUUCAGUAGAGUCUCUUGAGACUCACCACGAAAAUCAUCCUGAGCAUGAGCAUGAGAAUGAGAAGCAUGGCGAACACCGUCCUCCCUUACCUUCUCGCGGACGGCGCAGACAGAGCCACGCACCUGAGCCGGACAAUGGACAGAAUGUAUUCGUCGUUGCCGCCCCAGAGGACUCUCAGCCUGCUACACCAUCGGGUGAUGAUCCUUCAAACCAUCAAGUGUGGGCUUCAAGUGAUGAGCAGACAGUGACAGACAGCGGAACAUCUCACCCUCCCUCGGUGAUCACCAACGAAUCCUCACUUGUGCAAGAAGAUGAAAAGUCAGCCAAUCCUAUAGAGGCAAAAUCUCUCCCUCCAGCAGCAGCAGCAGACGACGACGACGACUUUUCUGGAUGGAUGGAUAACGAACCGUUAGAUAUGGAAAUCAAUGACCCUGUACAGCCCACUGCACAGGAAGUCAAGUAA